CACAUGGUUUGAACAACGAUUUGUAUUAGUCUACACAAUGUAUAGACUAUCCCAGUUUAUUUCUCAGCAGAUUUUAAUUAAGAUAAUUUAUAGUAGAGUAUAAAGUUUCUGUUUUCCGGAAUUCAGGUUCCAAAACCCGUAAAAUUGGAAGGAGUGUUUGCCUCUUGAACCAAUUGAACACAUUUUGUUAUAAUCCUUUAAAGAGGAAAGUGUUAACUUUUAAUUAGUGCUCUGCACUGUAUAUGUUAUCGGUGACGUAAAAUGGAAAAUAGCAAGAAAACUGUCAUUCAAGGAUGUCUUGCUGUAUUCGGUGGAGUUCUGUUGCACCUCACAUUCGGUUAUUUCUAUACUAUUUCAAAUAUGAUCCCUUAUAUAAUGGAUUAUUUAAGAACGUAUGUAGAUUCUAGCAUAUCCGAUAAAGACGCUAUAUGGCUAUCGGCUUUGGGAUUUUGCAUGCAAGGACUUGCAAUGCCUGCUGGUGGUUUGGUGGCUAAAAAAUUGGGCUUUAGACUUGUUGUCGCAACAAGUUGUAUAUUUUUGAGUGGGAGUGUGUUUUCUACGUACUUCACAAUACAGAAAACAUUUGUUGGGGUGAUAAUAACCUAUUCUGUUUUAAUGGGGAUAGGAAUGGGUUUCGCUUAUUCUGUUGUGUUGGCCGUAGCAACAACUUGGUUUCCAGAAAGGCGUGGAUUGAUUGUAGGAUUUAUUGUUAGUGGAUUCGGCCUAGGUGCAUUGGUUUUUGCACCUAUUCAAACAGCUUUAAUCAAUCCUUCAAACAUAAAAGUGAACAAUGUUACACGACAUUUCACUGACAGAGAACUCCUCGAUCGCUUACCAACAGCACUUUUAAUUCUGGGAGGUAUAUUAUCAGGGAUUCAGAUUGUUGGUUUCAUACUUCUUCGUCCAAGGCCUACUUCAAAACAAACAAGUGUGAAUCAGAAAGCACAAAUCUCAAAUGAAGUAAACGUAUCACCAAAGCAAUUGUUUCGAUGCAUCGAUUUCUAUCUACUUUGGCUUGUGAUGUUCUUCAAUAUUAUUCCAAUUACUACAAUCACAUCGACUUACAAACAAUUCGGUCAGACAUAUAUUUCGGACGACAGAUUUCUAUCAGCCAUAGUAACUGUUUCGUCGCUAUUCAACUGUGGUGGUCGCAUUAUGUGGGGCUCUGUCGCUGACCGACUAUCAUUUAAGAUUCCAUUGUGUGUAAAGCUCGCCGUUUGGUCUGUUGUCCUGAUAACCUUUCCGCAUCUUGCUUUGCUGUCAGAAUUUGCUAUGAAAAUAUGUUUCCCGAUUUGGGUAUUCGCUCUAUUCACAUUGUUUUGUGGAACACUGGUGCUUAUUCCAAAUGCAACGGGUACAGUAUUCGGACCAGUCAAUUUAGCAGUGAAUUACGGUUUGAUCUUUAUUGCUUUCUCGUUUGGAAGUUUCACUUGUGCACUGUUUACAACCUUCGUAACUGCGGAAGGAGCCUACAUAUUCCAGUACACAAGCUGUGGGAUUGUGUGCCUUGUGUCACUCUUCAUAACAUUGUGGAUCGAAGACAGAAAGACUCCAGAGAAGUGCAAACUGAGCGGAUGCUUUGUUAGAUCAUGUGCAAAAUUACGAGUGAAACAACCUUACUACAGUCCACAUGAAUUAGAAGCUCUCAGAUCGUAAUGCAUAACUGAUUACCUUUAUUCUUAUAGCUAUUAGCCUCAUUAUAUAUAGACUUUAUCCUAACUGUAUCUCUCUGCUCCAAGCAAAGUAAAAAACACUGUCAUAAUUGCUAUUAGUGCAGUUAAAUUUUUUUUAAUAAUUUUAUCCGAUAAAAGUCCUUGCUUCGUUUUUUAAAUUGCUUUCCGUUUAAUUCUAUUUUCUGCAAACACUUAUAAUAAAAUUUCACUGACAAAUAGACUCAUGUUUAUCUGAUAAGUUAAGGAAUUUUUGAAUUUUGCUCUGAUAAAAAGCUAACAAAUCCUUUUGCAUCCCAAAAUCAAAAGCAAAAGUAAUUGGAGGUCAACAGUAAAGUUCACGUUCCUAUGAUUCAGCACAAAUGACACAAUAACCAUCUUUUUAAUAGCUUCAUUGAUUUCCGAAUCGAAAAGUGAAACUUGUUGCUUUUUUGGAAAUUUCAAAUAACUUUUCAUGGAACGGUUAAAUAAGCAAAAUAAAGGCUCUUGAGUAUCAACUUUUAGUUACUUUUUUCUUUCCAUAUUGUCUCUUAAUGGCUAAAUUAGACUACAUGAAUAAACAACGCCUGAACCAAAAAUGACU